AUGCUGAAAUUCCAAGAGGCUGCUAAGUGUGCGAAUGGAUCAAUAGCCAUUUCUACUUAUCCAAAGACCUUGAUUGCAAGAAGAUACGUGCUUCAACAAAAACUUGGUAGUGGAAGUUUUGGAACUGUCUAUCUGGUUUCAGACAAGAAAGCAAAACAAGGAGAGGAAUUAAAGGUACUGAAGGAAAUCUCUGUUGGAGAUCUUAAUCCAAAUGAGACUGUGCAGGCCAAUUUGGAGGCCCAGCUCCUUUCCAAGCUGGACCACCCGGCUAUUGUCAAGUUCCAUGCAAGCUUUGUGGAGCAAGAUAAUUUCUGCAUUAUCACAGAGUACUGUGAGGGCCGGGAUCUGGACUGUAAAAUUCAGGAAUAUAAAGAAGCUGGCAAAAGCUUUACGGAAGGUCAAAUAAUAGAAUGGUUUAUCCAGCUGUUGCUAGGAGUUGACUACAUGCAUGAAAGGAGGAUACUUCAUCGAGACUUGAAAUCAAAGAAUAUAUUUCUGAAAAACAAUCUGCUUAAAAUUGGGGAUUUUGGAGUUUCUCGACUCCUAAUGGGAUCCUGUGAUCUAGCCACUACUUUAACUGGAACUCCCCAUUACAUGAGUCCGGAGGCUUUGAAACACCAAGGCUACAACACAAAGUCAGACAUCUGGUCUCUGGCAUGCAUUUUAUAUGAGAUGUGCUGCAUGAAUCAUGCAUUCACUGGCUCCAAUUUCUUGUCCAUUGUUUUAAAAAUUGUUGAAGGUGACACACCUUCUCUCCCCAAGAGAUAUCCAAGAGAACUGAAUGCCAUCAUGGAACGCAUGUUGAACAAGAGUCCUUCACUGAGACCUUCUGCAAUGGAAAUUUUAAAAAUCCCUUACAUUGAUGAACAACUACAGCACCUGUUGUGUAGAUACUCAGAAAUGACUCUGAAAGACAAGAAUUUGAAUUGUCAGAAGGAGGCUGCUCAGAUAAUUAAUGCCAUGCAAAAAAAGAUCCACCUGCAGACUCUGCGGGCGCUGUCUGAAGUGCAGAAAAUGACACCAAGAGAAAGGAUGCGGCUGAGGAAGCUCCAGGCAGCUGAUGAGAAAGGCCAGAAGCUGAAGAAGCUUGCAGAAGAAAAAUAUGAAGAAAAUAACAAAAGAAUGCAAGAGUUGAGAUCUCGAAACUCUGAGCAGCUAACUGUUGAUAUACUCCAUGUAAGAAAAAAGCAUUUCAUGGGAAUGGAAGUAAAGGAAAAGUGACCUGGGCUUUCUUGUUCGCCGCAGGAGAAGGAUGAAGAGAGGAGGCUAGGCAGGGAAGAGGAAUUUGAUGACCUGACUUCAGAGAACCUGCCUGAGUCUCAGCCCAGUCCUUCUUUGGACCUUGACCCACUUGAGUCAAGUAUAGAAGAUCAUGGUAUGACUGACCUUGGAGAUCAUGAGAUCCCAGAAGACCCGCUUGUGGCUGAAGAGUAUUAUGCUGAUGCCUUUGAUUCCUGUUCUGAAGACAGUGAGGAGGAGGAAGAAGAAAUAGUGUUCUCAGCCCCGGGGGAAGAAGUCAAGGAUGAGGGAUCCCGGCCUGCUUACAGAACAUUCCAACAGGACAGUGAUAUUGAAGCACUGGUCGGGUGUUUGGAAAAUGUCCUGGGUUGCACCUCUCUAGGUCAGCCAUGCAGAAGCUGGGAGCAGAAGUAUUUGAGAAGGUCUACAACUACCUCAAGAGAGCAAGGCGCCAGAAGGCCAGUGAAGCCGAGAUCCGGGCAGCUCUAGAAAAAGUGGUGCCUCGUGCCGGUGACUGUUUUGAAGUGGACCAGCUCCUGUACUUUGAGGAACAGUUGCUGA